AUGGCCGCCGUACGUAGUGACUUAGUUCAUUCUGCUGUUAAAUUUUUGCAACAUCCUACUUUGCAGAGCACAUCUCUUGAUAAGAGACUAGAUUUUUUAGCGUCUAAAGGUCUAACUAGAGAAGAGAUAAACGAGGCCUUACGGCUAAUAAUAGAUAGGGAUGCUCUAGUGACGCAUAUCGAGAUGUCUGCGAAGGAACCAGAUAUACAUCAACCAAUGCACCAACUGCUACAUUACCAACCAAGAAUGGAUUGGCGAGACCUAUUUUUUAAUGUAAUUAUUGUGGGCGGAUUAGGGCAUGCUCUCAUAUCUAUGACAAAGAAAUAUAUAGGACCUCUGUUUAGCCCAACUAUAACGGAUCAGUUGGCGCAGCAUAAUCAGUUUAUGAUUACUUCUGAUAAGUUAGACGCUGUGAAUAAUGAUACUCAAUUGAUUCGAAAGUAUGUAGAGGAGCAGAGCGUGGGCAUGAGGGAAACUUUGAUUGCAUUGGAGAAAUUGUUAAGGGGACUCCAAGCCAAUGGUAUCAAGAGAGACAAGGAUCUUGGUGUACUUAAGGAAGAGGUAGAGGCCGUCGGGGAAAUGGUUUUCAAGAUGUUGGAUCAUAUAAAGGCAAGUCAAGCACAACAGCUAGCUGAAUUAAAUCAGGAGCUGCAGUCCUUGAAAACAUUGGCCAUCAAUCAUUAUACAAGUCACUUUGCCACAUCACCAUCUUCGCCCAAAAUCACAAUACCAAGAACGAACAGAAGGGUCUCGUUUGGACCGUCAGCAUCGAGUAUGUCGAGCAUGUCACCGAUAUUAACUUCAUUUCCAAAGAAAGUAGAUAGCGGUGAACUGUUGACAUCGGCAUGGCAAAUGG